UACAGAGACGUGGAGAUGUCUGUAACGUUGUCUCAUCCAUCAUCAUGUCUUCUUCUUCUCUUCCUUCUCUUUUCCGGUCAUCCCUCCGUCCUCGGAACCUCCAUCCCCGACGCGGUGAACACGGCGGCGCGUUUGGUAAACAGAGCGAGAAGAGCAAAACUGUCGAGAGAAUUUCUACAAGCGCACAACGAUGCACGUGUUUCUUCAGGCGUGCCAACGCUCGGAUGGGACAGAGACCUGGCCCGAUUCGCUGAUAAAUGGGCUAAACAACGUAAGUCCGAUUGCAGUAUGAUACAUUCAGGUGGGCCUUACGGUGAGAACAUUUUCUGGCACCGGCGUAAGAAGACGUGGUCGCCGGAGAAAGUGGUGACGAGAUGGUUUGAGGAAAGGUUUAACUACGACGUGAAAACAAACACGUGCGCACCGGGAAAGAUGUGCGGCCAUUACACGCAGAUGGUGUGGAGAGAGACCACAGCCGUUGGAUGCGCACGUGUGAAAUGCCAUAACGGUCGUGGCUAUCUUGUGGUGUGUGAAUAUGAUCCACGCGGGAAUUACGAAGGUGAAAGACCAUUUUGA